AUGGCCCCUAAUAAUGAGCUCCUUGUUAACCAAGCGAUUGUGAAGACUAGCGCUGCACCUCCCCCUCCUGCGGAGACGCCUAAACCCGCAGACCCUGCCCCCGCACCCGGGCCGGUCCAGGGCCUCAUCAACGUGAAAUCCAACUGUGGGCCCAGCGGAGCUUCCCAGGAUGUAACGCAGUACAGUGGACCCAAUGGCGGUAUCGACUGGCUCAACUGCGGUCUCAACGACGGCGGCUGGAACCCUCCGUACAUCCGCGUGGAGGACGUCAUCACUAUGGACUUAGGCGAAGCUAUCAAGGACCCUAACAGCGCAUUCAAGGCUUGUUCGGAAUAUAUUCCAAUUUUCCAGAAGUAUGCUGGAGAGUUCGGUGUCCCUGCGAUCAUGGUGGCCUCUUUCGCCAUGCAGGAGAGUGGAUGCAACCCCCACACCGUCGGUGGUGCGGGUGAGCAGGGAUUGAUGCAGCUGACCUGGGACAAGUGUGGGCAGGCGCCCGGAGGCAACUGCCAGGACGUCGACUACAACAUCAGGACCGGUACCAAAUACUUCUCGGACACGCUGAACGCCAACGGUGGGGAUCUUCUCAAGACUAUUGCCGGUUACAAUGGGUGGUCGAUCAAGAUGACCUUCGACCAAGCUACUGCCGCCGGAUGGGGCCCGUGCUGCCGCUGCCAGAACAACUUGGACUACCUUCACCAGUUCCUGAACGGAUGGUGCCAGAACAUCAACGCUUACUCGCACAACCCUCCCCUCGGAAAGUACUUCAACCUGAACAAGUGCGGUCCUCCGGGUGGACCAAACUAA